GGCAAUUAGUGGAAUUUGUGCACUCUCCUCAAAUUUCCUUGUGAGUUCUGGUAGAGCUGGUUCCCGCCUUUACUGUUCCGCAAGCUGACUGAGAGAUGGUACGGCGUGGUGGGAAGAAGGAAGAGAACGCUCCGCUACCGGAAAACCCGGAGGUGGAGGAGCGGAAGAGGCUGAAGAAACUUGCAUUCUCGAAGAGGAUGCUUUCAGAGACACCUGUGAAGGCGGCGACGGCGGCUGGGAAUGCUCUGCAACCAUCCAAGACAGUGAUCAAACAUCACGGCAAAGACCUAAUUCGCAAGUCUCAGCGCAGCAAGAGCCGUUUCCUCUUCUCGUUCCCUGGGCUUCUUGCCCCCGUUUCCGGUGGCAAAAUCGGCGAGCUCAAAGAUCUUGGUAGCAAAAACCCUAUUCUGUACCUCGAUUUCCCUCAGGGCCAAAUGAAGUUAUUUGGGACAAUUGUUUAUCCAAAAAACAGGUAUUUGAGUCUGCAGUUCUCCAGAGGUGGGAAGAAUGUAGUGUGUGAUGAUUACUUUGACAACAUGAUUGUGUUUUCUGAUGCAUGGUGGAUAGGGAGGAAAGAUGAGAAUCCAAAUGAAGUGCGUCUUGAGUUCCCAAAGGAGUUGAAUGUGCACCAGAAUGCGGAGUAUGAUUUCAAGGGUGGUGCUGGUGCAGCAUGUAAUGGAAAAGAGGGGAUUAACAGAACAGGGAUAAAUUUUGCAGAACAAGAAUCUCCUAAACAUGAACAAGAAGAUGAUUCUACAGAAGAUCAAAGUAAUGUCAGAGAAUUCUUUGAUAUAACUCCAAUUCGGCAUUCAGCGAGGACAGCUAAAAAAACAUUCAAUUUUGCAGAUGCUUCUUCUGGCGAUGAUUUUGUUGUCAGUGAUGCUGAAACUUCAGAUGAAGAGGAACAGAAAGUUGGUGUUAAUCAUUCAAACAGGAACUUUACUUCUAAGAAGAAAGAAAAAUCGCCUGCUGCAGUCUUUGAUGUUGACAAGGAUGUAGUUAUUCUAGAUCCAUGUGCUGAGAAAAGUACACCUGGUGCCAAAGUAGCCUCUACAUCCAAGGAGCUUCCUCACAGUAAUCACAGUUCUCUUGUUCAAGCAACUAUAUCUACUAUGUUUAAGAAAGUGGAGGAGAAGAAGGAGCUUACAGAUCUAAAACAGAAGAUUGUUCAUAAGAAAGUUGCAUCAUCCAAGAAGAAGGGGAAAGUUGGUGAAGAAACUAAAGCUGGGAGAGGAGGGAUCACAACAACAAAAAAGCAGCUUGAGGCUGAAGAUGAAGAGAUAGAAGAGUUCUCCAGUACAUCUCAGGAUAUGGACAUGGAUGGAAGUGAUGAAGAUUGGACUGUUUGAGAUUUUUUCUGCCAUUGCUAUGAUCAUAUGGUAAACACUGGCUUAUAUUACUGCGGUUUACAAAUUAGCUAUUGGCUUCUCAGAGAAUAGAUAAUAGUGCAAAUAUUGUCUUUCAAAAGCUUUGUAGACAUUAGGGGAAAGUUACAGAAAUUGUUGUCAUGCUUGGAACGAAAGAGUUUCAUGAAUAUUUUGUGAUUCAAAUCUAACAUUGUAGCUAUGGGAUACUAUUUGAUAGUCAUUUC